CCCUUAAAGAGACUUGAUUGGCUUGAAGAAGGGGUGUUUCUUAUAGGCUGCAAGGGCCAUUGCAUUUACUUAAGAGGCAGACUUCUUGCUCAUUGGAAAGACAGUAAGAGGAGUUCACCUUGUUCUUGGCUAAGGUUGUGACCCAUACAGAUACCAAGAUGAGUUGUUUCACUUUCUUGAAGGUCAUGAUGGUUUUAUUUAAUCUAGCCAUAGUGCUUGGUGGAGGAGCACUGUUGGGCAUUGGGAUAUGGGUCAGUGUUGACAGUGGUUCCUUUGUCCAAAUGUUCGGCCCUUUAUCCAGUAGCGUCUUGCAGUUUGUGAAUGUGGGCUACCUCCUCAUUGCCAUUGGUGCCGUCCUGUUUGUACUGGGCUUUUUGGGAUGCUGUGGAGCUCAGAAAGAGAGCAAAUGCCUUCUCAUCACGUUUUUCACAAUUAUCCUGAUCAUCUUCAUAGUUGAAAUUGCUGCUGCAGUCGUGGCCUUGGUCUACACAUCACUUGCAGAGACUAUAUUGCAAGGAACUGUAACACAGCUAUUGAAAAAUGAAUACGGGAAAAGUAAGGACAUUACUACUGUAUGGAAUACCACAAUGACAGAGCUGAAAUGUUGUGGUCUGUCCAAUUACACAGACUUUGAUAAUUCCUACUACAUGCAAACCCAUUCUGGUGAUUAUCCAUCAUUCUGCUGCAAAAACAAAGAUCCCUGUGAUGCCACCACUGCGCAGAUAAGCAAUAUACCGGGCUGUUUCCCUCAGUUGUUAGAUGCAAUACGUCAGAAUGCUGGUGUUGUAGGCGGAGUAGCAGCUGGGAUCUGCGCACUGGAGCUUGCAGCAAUGGUGGUGUCAAUGUACCUCUACUGUCGCUUGGAUGAGAAAUGACUGGGUUAAAGUGCUGGGGCAUUAUCCUGGCAGGAGGCAAGAGGAUGGCGCACAUAGCAACCUUUUCUUAACCUAUGUCCACAACAAAUUGAACAUUUCUUGGGCAUGAAGUGUGUCACAUGAUUUGACUGUACUGAACUGGAAUCUGUAGUAUGUGCAAAAAUGAAGUAAGGAAAAGUGUUCUGAUAGGAAAUUUUUGUAAUGUGAAGUGCUCUUAAGUCAAAAGCCAAAAAAGACUGACUCAAAGACUGGAAAAAAGAAAAACCUGCGGCAUUUCUGCUUUUCAAAAAUAUGUUUUUUGCCACUGUAGAAUUUGUGAGUUUUCCUGCUGGCUUUGAUAUCUAUCAUCCAAAGAGACAUGUGAAGUUUCUGCAGGAGGGUAAACAGUCCAAAAUACUGCUCAUAGCUUUGAAAGGCUAUGGUUUGAUUCCUAUGCAAAUAAUAGAAUCCUGUCUCCAUAUGGUAUAAAAGGGGACCAGUAUUGCCUUUGCUCUCCAAUGUAAACACUGGCACUACAUGGGAGAUAAACUGAGAUCACAAGCUGCUGUUAACUCCUGGGUGGAAAAGUGCAUGGCUACGAAGAGUUGUUGCAGGGUAAAUCCAUCCCAUUCUGCAAGUCAGUCCAUAUAGGAACUUAACAUAUUCCCUUGUUUCUCCUUAACCCACCCCCCUUCCUCCUCACAUGCUCCUUGUGACUUGCCAAAGUCUCAAUGGGUGUCUGGUUGAGCUGGCUCUAUUUGAACGGAGCUUUUAUCAUGGAUUGUACUAUACCUUGGUCUAGCUUUCUAUUUUUUUAUUCUUUGUGGAUGAAAUUUAACUACCAAAUCUGAUUGUUUGCACAGCCUAUCUAUUACAAUAAAAGCUACUUUUUAAUUAUA